AUGUUGUUUUUUCAUUUAUUUUUUUUUUUUAUAGUAUUAAAAAAAAAAAUUCUUUCUUUGGAUAUAGUAGAUAGGAUAUUUUAUGAUGUAGAUGACUUAAAAGGUAUAGAUUUUUCUCUUGAUUAUAGAAAUAGAGAAAAACUGGCAACACAAAACAUUGAAAAUAAUAAUGGAGAACAAUCAUAUGGUUAUUCACAUAAAUCUGUUGAAGCUCUCUUACCAAUUAGUGCUCCUGAAAAAAUAAGGGAAUAUUUUUCUGAAAGUUCAGACAAAAACUCUUGUGAUUAUUUUAUAACUCAAGAAAAUUUUUUUAGUUCUGAUAAAAAAGAAAAAUGCAUUAAUAAUACUUUUUGUGGUAUAAUACCAAAAAAUGCACACAUAAGUGAAGAAAACAAAAAUGAUAAGAUGUAUUGUGCUCAUAUCAACAGAUCACACGUAAUUGUAUAUUCCGUUGGACAGCCAGUCGUUGUAGAACCACAUAUGAUUUUACAAGAACUUUUUUUUGAAAGAGAAAAAAAUGGUAUAAUAAGUUGUCAUAAUUCUGUUAUAGAUAUACGAUAUAUAAAUGUUCAUACUCAAAAUGGAUGUCUACAAGAAAAUAUUUUAAGUAAUAUAAUGGAAACAUGCAAUGAUAAAAGAAAUUGUGAAAUUAACUUUUCUGAAAUUGAUAAAGAAAAUUCCUGCUUAACUGCUCAUAGUUUUUAUGUGAAUAUUCAUUAUGAAUGUAAACCACGUUGUAAUAUAAAAAAGGAAGAUGAAACUUGUUUUAUAAAUGAUCAAAAUAGUGAUCAAACAACAUGCAAAUAUGGUUAUAAUAAACUACAAUUAGAAGAUGAAAUAUGCCAAAAAAACAAUGCAUGCUUAAAUGAAACUUGUUCAGUUAAUGAAUACUGUGAUAUUACAGAAAGAACAUGCAAAUGUAGAAAUCCAGAAUUAGAAUCUUUAAGUAAUAAAUGCGAAUCUGAAAAUUUAUGUGAAAUGUUAUCUUGUCCUGAUGGAGCAACUUGCGAACGUGCUAGUGACGGAAAACAAGCUGAAUGCAAAUGUGAAAAUGAUAAAAUUUUUUAUAAUAAUAAAUGUUAUACUGUAGAAGAAUUAGAAUUAGCUAUCCAAUUAGAACCAAAUAAAAAGAAUACAAUUUAUCAGGAUCAUCUACAUGAAGGUUCUGCAUUAGAUAGUAAACAAAUUUUUAUGAAAUGUGAAAAUGAUUAUUCAAUUGAAGUAGUUAAUGCUUAUAUAACAUGUUACAAAGUUCAGUUUUCCAAUAACAAAAUGAAAUAUAUUACAGAACUUUUAAAAAAAGAAUGUAAUGGAAAGAUGAAAUGUGUAUAUGGAAAUGAUAUAGAUAAGGUAGAAGAUACGAAUAUUUUUAAUAUAUGUGAUAACUCUAAUACAAUUUUCAAAUAUCAAUAUUUAUGUAAAGCCAAUAAUCAGAAAGAUUCUCACAAAAAUAAAGAGAAAGUUGAAAUUUUUAGGAGUAGAUAUAAUAGUAAAUUACAGUGUCAAGGAGGAAAAAUAACUUUAAAAAAAGCAUUAUUAAAAACAGGAGAAGGAUGUGACGAUUUAGAUUUAACUACUCCUUUAGAAUCUUAUUGCAACGGAGUAAGUGAUUGUGAUAUAGGUUUGGCUUAUCAAUUUGAUACUUAUUGUAUAAAUGAUCAGUAUCUCUUUGUUUCUUAUACGUGUUCAGAUUUAUGUGUCAAUUGUAUUGAAAAUUCUUCAUGUUAUGGAAAUCAAUUUAAAAGCGAAUGUUUUUGUGAUAAACCAUAUAUAAGCAAAAAUAACAAAAGUAUUUGUGAAAAACCCUCCAAUUGUGAUUCUGCUAAUUGUGGAACAAAACAAGUGUGUAAAGAAACUGAUAAUAAAAUGUUUUGUGAAUGUGAAAAUGGAUAUAAAAAUGUUGGAGGUUCUUGUGUAGAAAAUGAUGAAUGCGAUCUUGUAUGUCCAUCAAAUAAAGUAUGUUCUAUGGUGGAUGGAGAAAAAAGAUGUAAAUGUUCUAAUGGAUUUAUAUUUAAAGAUGGUAAAUGUUCUUGCCCUAAUGAUUAUAUUACAGUAGAUGGAAAUAAAUGUGUGCCAAAAGAUAAAUGUAAAAGAAAAGAAUAUGAACAAAUAUGUACUAAUAAAAAUGAAGAAUGUGUGUAUAAUAGUGAUAGUGAUAUUAUAAAAUGUGAAUGUAAACAACAUUAUAUUAAAAAUGAAAGAGGUGAAUGUAUACCAAAAGAUUACUGUUUAGAAUAUACUUGUGGAAGAAAUGAAGUAUGUAAAAUGGUUAAUUUCACUCCUCAAUGUGAAUGCAAAGAAAAUUUUAAAAGAAAAAGUCAAGGUGUAUGUGUUCAUGAAAAUUUUUGCCUACAAAAUAAGGGUGGUUGUCCUGAAGAUUCUACUUGCAUAUAUAAUGAAGAUGGAAUUCAUGAAUGUAGAUGCAAUAAAAAUGGAUAUGUAGCAAUAGAGGGUAGUUGUGUUUUAGAGGAUAAGUGCAAUAGUCAUAAUAUGUGUUCAGAAAAUGCUAUAUGUAUUAAUUUAAUAAAUAAAAAUCCAUUAUGUGUAUGUAUGUUUAACUAUUCUAAAAAAGAUGGAGAAUGUGUACUAGAAAAUCGUUGCUUAAAAGAUAAUGGUGGUUGCUCAAGAAAUUCAGUAUGCUCAAUUAGGAAUAAUGAAGUACAUUGUGAAUGUAAAGAAAAUUAUAAAAAUGAAGAUGGUAUAUGUGUUCCUAAAACUAGUGAGGAAGAUCAACAUUUUACAUUUAAUCAUAAUGAAGAUGCAUCUAUUGUUCUUGGUUCUUGUGGAAUCUUAGAAUUUAAUUAUAUAAUUAACCAAUUGAUUUGGAAAAUAAAUAGUACAAACGAAUCAUACGUUUUUAAUUAUGAAUAUCCAACAUCAGGAAACUUAAAUGCUCAAAUUAAAAAUCAAGGAGGCAAUUCUAUUGUUUUUUUAAAAAAAUCAGAUGGAAAUAAUAUAAUUUUUGACGAAUUUCAACUAGAUCAUGAUGAUUGCAUAUAUGAAUAUUUAUUUUUUUACAGAACUAGGGAAAAUGCAGAAAAAAGUGUUUAA